UUGCUCAUGCGCUAUUCGCAGUUUGCGGCUCUAACAACGGCUGACAGUGCAUGGUUAGAGUGGCUGACAGCACAAUACCGUUUCGUGAUUGGCCCAUUCUUCGGCUGCUCCGUUGCGAUCGAAUUUGUGGUAUUCAAUGAGCCCACACUGUAUCUAUCAGGAGAUAAGGUGCAACUUAUCAUACACACGCUCUAUGUGAUUUGCCUUUGUGUAUAAGUUCAGGUGCAAGAAGACAUUCUGGAUAUUUUUGUUCCAAAAGAAGAACGCUAUCUGCACACAUAUUUCUACAUACGAGCAUUCCAGCUAGAAGUCUAUUAUUUUCAUAUUAUCUUCAUCAUGCCAUCUAUCGAGAAGCCAGUUCUCUCUAGCAGCUUACCGACACUUCAUUUGGACCUUUUGCUAGCCGCAGAUUUGAACGAGCGCAGGAAGUUGCUCAAUGCUUGUCGCUCUCAUGGAUUCUUCUAUCUCGACCUCAGCAGUGAUCUGCAGAUGAUGGGAUAUUGGGAACAAAUGCUUGAGACUAUGAAGGACUAUUUUGAGCAGCCUCUGGAAGUCAAAAUGGAAGAUGCUCGGGGUAGUGAUAACACCGGAUACGAACCUAUGGGGACAGAAGUGGGUCCUUUUGGGAUGACGCGUGAUGGAUACGAAUCACUGAAGGUUUCACGGAGAGAGCACCUACAGGGACAUGCGGAGCUUACCACGUCGAUUCGUGACAAGACCCCGUUCAUCUUCGACUUCAUGAGGAAAUCACACGAGAUUACCAUGAUGAUGUGCGAGCGACUUUCGGACGAGAUGGGCUUGAGCGGCUCGGACCGUUUCGAGUCAUUUCACAGCACUGAAAGCCCCACGUUGACCAAUCUGGCGUGGCUGCGGUAUCCAAAAUACGACUCUAUCAGUCCAGAUACGGUGGGUCACAAUAAGCACACAGACAUUGGGUCGCUGACACUGCUUUUCGCGAAGCAGUGGGGGCUUCAAAUCCUGUCCCCGGACGCCAAAACAUGGGCCUUUGUCAAACCUCGACCAGGGCAUGCGGUUGUCAAUGUGGGGGACAGUUUACACUUUCCUUCCGGGCGACGACUAGCUUCGGUAGUACACCGCGUCAUUCCUGUGGCUGACAAGCAGAUGGAGGACCGUUAUAGUAUUGCCUACUUUUUGCGCGUUCAUGAUUUAACGCCGUGGGUCGAUAGCACCGGGAAGGAAUGGACGGCAAAGGAAUGGCAUGACUUCAAGUUCGACGCUUUCCGAUCCCCGGACACCAAGGAAAAUGGUGAGCAGGUUUUAACAGGUAUGAUGGAAGAUGGUGAUAUUUUGAGGCGUCCUUGCUGGGGUACGGAGGAGGCAUAA